CGAUGUGAGAAAAGUGCGGUAUGACAGGUCUAAGGUGAAUUACCUGUGUAGAAACCGAUACACGCUGUUACAGAUUCAUUCAGUGAAGACACGACGGAAGGAAAACCUGAAGACGAGGUUACACACACGUUGCGAUCAGGAAGAGAAGACUAGCGUACAGUCAUUAUGGCAUAUCGGAUGUUUGAAGGGAAGGACCAUGCGUGCCUCUACCAGAAGUACCGCUUCACGCCCCCAGAUCAGCUCAAGACCAUUGUUCUCCAAUACCUUGAUAAAAAGAAGGGACGGCCGCACGUGCUGGCAGUGGAUGUCGGCUGUGGAACGGGUCAGAAUUCACGAGUGUUCGCGGCGGAUUUCAAAGAAGUGAUGGGCGUUGACGUGAGUGAGAGUCAGCUGGAGGAGGCCAGAGCUGUUCCAGGGUUCCCCAACGUCACGUACAGGAGCGGAACGGCAGAGGAGCUUCCAGUGGCAGACGGCUCCGUUGACCUGCUGACAGCGGCGACAGCCGCCCACUGGUUCGACCAGUCCAGGUUCUUGACCGAGGCAGAUCGGGUUUUGAAGUCCCGGGGCUGCUUGGCUCUGAUGGGUUUCAAUGAUAAUGACACUAAGCUCCAGUACCAGAACUGUGGAGAAAACCUGAACCGCAUCUAUGAAGAGGUGAAACAGGUUCUGACUCCAUACAAGACCACCCCAGUGGAUAUAUGUGAAAGCAAGCUGGAGGCGCUGUACACGGCCAUCCCAUAUCCAGACAAAGACAGGAUUGAGGGUAUUAAAAUGAAGAUUUACACCCCGCUGCAGAGUGUUCUCGGAUUUAUUGAGACCUGGUCCAUGUUUCAAACUUACAAGAAGAACGACCCGCAGGCAGCCAAUGAGCUGGUGCAUAACGCUCAAAAGAGAUUUCUGGAGGAAAUGGGCGUCACCGAUCCCGACACUAAAAUCGAGUACACAAUGGAAUAUUACUGUGUUCUGGCAUCAAAGCCGUAAUAAUCAAGACUUUUGGGUGUGGGUGUUGGUAUCAAGAAACUGCUUGUAAAAUGUGGCCUACACCUUCUUAACCUGAAAUAUUUAUGUAUAUGAAAUAUAUAUGUAAAACAAAUUGUAUAUAAUAUAUAAACUCACUACAAUUACUGUACUAUAGUAAAACUUGCAUUUACAGUAGACAAUGGGGUUAUAUAACUGUGCAAGUCAGACACGUUUGUUGACUUGUACACGACUGCCAUUGCUGAUUGAUAGAGAGGCUGGUGAGCUGCUACAGUUUAACUAAGAAGCCUUAUAGCCAAGCCACUACAAGUAGUUAAGAUAAGAUAAAGAGAAACCUUUAUUCGUCUCACAGGGAAAUUUCAAUGUUGCAGCAGUAAACAAAGAAUAGAGAAUGAUAAAAAACGUUUAUGUAAUAAUUUUAACAAUAGAUAUAAAAAUGUAUUUAGAGAUGUCCACAGUCAUACAGUAAGUAAUUCCCUGCUUCAAUCAUUUGAAGUCACCUUGGCACUUCUGGUAACUGUGUGUACAGUAUUUUGUAUGUUUCCAAUAUAAUAAAACUGCAUAAAUACUGGUAAAAUAAAACCCAGCAGUGUAAUUCACAGUAGGCUGUAAGCUGUU